AUGAACAUGUCGAAAGCCGAACUGAUACAGUACUUUGGUAUCUUCAGCCCUCCCCGAACAUAUGAAGAAGAUCUUGUCCCAAUCCGGAGAGACCCCGCUGCGACAGUCGCUUUCAUGCGCCUGCUCCAUGCGGAAACGUCACUUGGGCGGGAAGACGGCAUGUUCUAUGCCUUCUCCGACAGAGUGGCGACGGUCCUAUCAGAGCGGAACCUGGGUAUUGGGACCUGGAAGAAGUUUGUCCAAGCCGGUGUGAUUGACCUCUGCCUGGACAUAAUCAUGCGGGAGGACUUUUGGCGAGGCCCUUUCCUUUUCUGCAAUGCCACUAUAGUGGGGACGUCAGCUGUUGUAAGGCUCGCACAUCAAUCCAAAGACCCUGCAGCUAUGAGCGCCCUGCUGUCUCGCAUGUCCAGCCUCUGGAGAUCUAUAUGGGAAAGAAGAGCUCAAUGGAAGUCCCUCCGGUCGCAUUUGGACAUGCAAGACAACCUCCCUGAGCCCAUAUUGGAACUAUUCUGCGAGUAUAUCAGUCUCCAUUUUACAAAGGACAAGAGGCCCCCAUCUUAUGAGACGUACAUCGCGCAUAUCGGACUGCACGCGUGGGUAGUCUAUGGCCAGCAAAAAACGACGCUCGGUAUUCCUGAAGCGCUUUCUUGCCUCGUCUACUUCGAGCCUAGACAGGCCUUACAGGUGGUCAUUGAUUCAUCACCGUCCGAGGCUGAGGCCGAUGCUCUCGCACUUCGCAUUGCGCAAGAGUUCUCUAGAGUCCAGAACGCAGAUAUGCUGCUCCCCUGUGCAUCUGUGCACUUCACUCUCUCGAAGUUCGCUGGGAUAGUACCGUACUACGGCACCCACGCGCUUAUAACCGAAGCUUCGUCCAUGUUGGGAAGGAUCAGUGUCUCAGUGAGUCGAGGCGUCAUGGACGGAUAUUAUACCAGCUUUCCCGUUGUCCUGGCCUAUGUCGAGCAAUACACCCAAGCCGCGAAGAGAAUGCUUCUCAACGAUUCCUCUAGUCCGCUGGGAAUGCGCGGGGAAGAUCUUGUGAACAUCUUCGGCGCGGGUAUCUGCUUCCUUGCACUGGACGCCGGUGUCUCAGUGCCCGCUGGCCAUAGUUGUGUCGGUGCAGACACGUCUCUCUGCGACAAGGCAGGCGCGAGCUUGCGCGUCUGGACUCGCUUCUACUCCGAGGAACACAAGAGUAACGACUUUGCGAACCAAGGCAGUCACUCCUCUCGGGCGCGUGUAUUCUGCAGCGAUAUGAGGAGUCGUGCUCGCGCGAUCUGGUGGCCUAGCUUGCAUCAGAUGCAAACUGCAGUGGCUCGCGCGGGACACAGCGCCAAGCCAGAACUGAAGAACGUCGUCGGUGAUUGGGCGGCUCUUGGUAAAGCCCUCGGUCUUGAUGCUGUCAAGGAAAGGGCACGUUUCGAGAGAGAAGCCCGAAGCCGAUGCGCCUGGCGCGAUUGCCGGUAUUACCACGAGAAGCCCGAUGAAGUUGCACUCUUGGUGUGCAAGAGAUGUGGCGAAGCGCGCUACUGUGGUCGCGAAUGCCAGAGAAGCGAUUGGUCUAAGGGUAAUCACAAGGCACGGUGCAGGAGAUUGAUGUAA